AUGCUUUUAUCAAGUACAUUACUUCCUCAUUCACCUGCUAUUCAAUCUAUGAAAACAUCAACUCGAUCGGCAACUAAUUUAACUCUUCAACAAAUAUUUAAAGAAAAAAAAUCAAUAAUUAUCUUCGAACAAUUUAUUUCAAUAUUUAAUAUUCAUUGUUCAAAUACAGUUGAUCAAUCAACAACACAUUUAAUAACUGAUUCAUUAAAUGAAAGUUCACCACUUGUUUGUCCAUUAACAUUAAAAGUUAUUCAAGCAACACCUCAUCAUUUACCAGUAAUUAGUGAUCCAACAUAUGAUUAUCAUAAUGGUUUUCUUCGUUCACGUAUUCCUCGUUCUGAAGGACUUGUUCAAGGAAUUAUAUUUCGUUUAGAAUGCCCAGAACAAUUAUAUGCUGAUUUACUUAAUUUUCAUGUUAAUGAAGAUGAUGAAUCGAUUCUGGAUGAUGAUCUUGAACAAAAAAUUCAUCAAUUACUUGAACAACUUGAUGAAAUAGAACCAUUAUCUGAUGAAAAAGGCGAAAAUGGUGAAUCAUUAUCCUAG